UGUCCAUUUUAACGAUUCUGAGUCUCCACCAAGCGAUCCGGGUGUUCUGCUGUCUCCAUCGACGUAAAAGAGGGGAAAUCUCGAGCCAAGGUUAGGGUUAGGGUUUCGGGGAGCUCGGAGCGGGCGGCCAUGGCGAUGAGAGCGUUCUACAAGGAGAUCAAGGGGAUGAAGGUGAGAGAUCUUCCGGGCCAUCUGAAGCCGAAGCUCACGUGGGAUCACAUCAAGAAGACGACCGACCAGGCGGUGGACCGCUACAUCGAGAAGUACAUCGAGACCAGCUCCGUCGAGCCCCUCUUCCACGUCUGCAUCGGCGGCAUGAUCUUCUCGUACCUCGUCGCCCUUCCCGAGGAGCGCCGCCACCUCGAGCACCAGCAGAAGCACGCCGCCGGCGGCCAUUGAUUUCUGAUCUUAUGCUCCCAGGAAUGGAGAGCUUUUCUGUGGUUGGUCUGUGAUGGAUCUCUUAUGCUGUCAUCCCAAGACGGUCAUCAAAACUAUGCCUUUCGGUGUUUUGUUUUCAUGGGCUGCACAAAUAAAUUGAGUUUACUGUGGAUUGUGAUUUUCUUUCCAGUUUCUAAUUGAUCAAUUGUGAUCUUUUCAAUUUGUAAUGGAGCGCUUCCUAAAAUGCCCAAUGCAGACAUGUUAUGAUUAAUGAUUUGCGUGGCAACAUGUUGCACCAUCAUC